GUAUUUCUCGUUGGUGUAUAUGUGUAUGUAUUCCUAUUAGGUCCGGUAACAGAGUAAUCACCUGCAUACCGGUAGUUACUAAGGUACUUAUGCGGGCUGUGAUGCGCAUGGAUCCAUGGAUGCAGCUUGCAUUCUGCAGCCCCCACUGCACUGCGGGGGAGGGGUAACAUUCUAAGGUGAGGGGCAUUUUUGCGAUCAGAAAAUUUUGGAAAUAGUCCCCAAGUAUACAAGUCCCUCCCCCUAGAUUCAAGACUACAUAUUUGGUCUUUCUAGCCAAUAAAUAGUAUCAUUUGUGUUGUGACUUACUAUAUAUUUCAGCCAUGGGAAUAGAAUACCCGCUCCGUGUUCUUCUCAUUGGCAAUGGAGGAAGGGAACACGCAAUCGCGUGGAAGCUCAGCCAGUCACCUCUGGUAGAGUCCAUCAUAGCAGUGCCAGGAAACGGAGGCACCGCGACCUGCCCCAAAGUAACCAAUAAUACCUCCGUAUCAGCAGAGGACUUCCCAGCAUUGCUCGAACUUGCUCGGAAGAACAACGUCAACUACGUCGUUCCCGGCCCCGAAGCCCCCCUCGUCGCCGGCGCUGUCGAUUUCUUCGAGAAUGCGGGCAUUAGGAGCUUCGGGCCGUCUAAGAAGGCUGCGCAAAUGGAGGGUAGCAAGACCUUCUCGAAGGACUUCAUGAAGAAGCACAAUAUACCUACAGCGACAUACGAGAACUUUUCCGACUACAACAAAGCUCGAGAAUACCUUGACACGGUACAACACGACGUGGUGAUCAAGGCGAGCGGGUUAGCAGCUGGAAAAGGUGUCAUCAUACCCACAUCCAAAGAGGAAGCGCAAAAGGCACUUAAGGAUAUCAUGCAGGACAAGGAAUUCGGAUCCGCGGGAGAUGAGGUCGUCAUCGAGGAGUUCCUAACAGGCGACGAGCUGAGUGUAUUAACUUUCAGCGAUGGUUACACGAUAAAAUCGUUGCCCCCUGCUCAAGACCAUAAGAGAAUAGGAGAAGGAGACAAGGGAUUGAAUACGGGUGGUAUGGGAUGUUAUGCGCCGACUAACAUCGCCACCCCAGAUCUCGUGGCGCAAAUCGACCGGGACAUCAUCCAGCCGACCAUCGAUGGCAUGCGCAAGGACGAGAUGCCCUUCGUCGGCAUCCUCUUCACCGGGCUCAUGAUUACCUCCACCGGCCCAAAGGUGCUCGAGUACAACGUCCGAUUCGGAGAUCCAGAGACCCAGACCGUCCUACCGCUCCUUUCACAAGACACGGAUCUAGCUAAGAUCAUGGUAGCAUGCUCAGAGCGCUACCUAGACAGCGUCCUAAUCAAGAUCGAACCAAGCUUCAGCGCCACCGUCGUCGUUUCCGCGGGCGGAUAUCCCGAGUCCUACGCCAAGGGCGACCAGAUGACCGUGCAGACUCCUCCGGAAGGAAUCAACAUCUUCCACGCCGGCACGAAGCUCGCAAACGGCGUCCUGCAGACGGCGGGCGGGCGAGUGAUAGCCGCUACCGCAACCGCGGCCGAGUCUCUCCGAGCCGCCGUCGACAAGGCCUACGAAGGCGUGAAACUCAUUAAAUUCGACAAGAUGUACUACCGGCGAGACAUCGCGCACCGGGCCUUCAAGCCGACGGCCGACACCAAGGAAGCGCUGACGUACGCAGAGGCGGGCGUGAGCAUCGACGCCGGGAACCAGCUCGUCGAGCGCAUCCGGGCCGCCGUGCGGUCGACGAAGCGCGCCGGCGCCGACGCCGAGAUCGGCGGGUUCGGCGGCGAGGUCGACCUGUCCAAGGCCGGCUUCUCGAGCGACGCGCCUAUAAUGGUCGGCGCCAUCGACGGCGUCGGCACGAAGCUCAUGAUCGCGCAGGCGACGCGGGACCACCGCACCGUGGGCAUCGACCUCGUCGCCAUGAACGUCAACGACCUCGUCGUCCAGGGCGCCGAGCCCGUCAUGUUCCUCGACUACUUCGGCUGCAGCAAGCUCGACCCCGAGGUCGCCGCCGUCUUCGUCGAGAGCGUCGCUGCCGGCUGCCGCGACGCCGGGUGCGCUCUCGUCGGCGGCGAGACCGCCGAGAUGCCGGGGAUGUACAAGGAGGAUGACUACGACGCGGCCGGCGCCGCCAUCGGCGUCAUGCGCGCGAGCAGCCGGCUCCCUCGCCACGACGCCAUGGCUCCCGCCGACGUGCUGCUGGGCCUCGCCUCGUCCGGCGUGCACUCCAACGGCUUCUCGCUCGUGCGCCGCAUCCUCGCGCGCGAGAACCUCGGGUACGCGGCGGCGGCACCAUGGGACUCCUCCUCCCGCGGACGCAGCAUCGGCGAGGCCCUGCUGACGCCGACACGCAUCUACGUGAAGUCGGUGCUGGCGGCGCUGCCGCGGCUCAAGGGCCUCGCGCACAUCACGGGGGGCGGACUUACGGAAAACGUGCCGCGCAUGCUGCCUCAGCACCUGGCUGCCGACAUUGACGUCGCGGCCUGGACGCUGCCGCCCGUGUUCCGGUGGCUGAAGAAGGCGGGCAACGUCGACGCGGGCGAGAUGGCGCGUACGUUCAACACGGGCGUCGGCAUGGUUGCCGUCGUGAGCCCCGAGGAUGCGGAUGCGGUGAAGAAGCAGUUCGAGGAGCUAGGCGAGACGGUAUAUACCAUUGGUAAACUUACCGCGCGGACGGACGGGGCCGCGGGCUGCGUGUUGAGGAAUCUGGAAUCCUGGAAUUAAAGUGAGGUCUGGGUAAUUAGGCAAGGAGGUAGGCAAGGUUAGACAAAAAAAAUAAUGACAAAAAGGGGAUUCCAGGGAAAGCCGGGCUGUGUGUGAGGAAUGGGACGGGUUUGGUAGAACUUUAGUCGCAUUGAAGCUGAUA